ACUUUUCCCCUUCUUCAAGCUAAAAGAAAACACUUCAAAUAAAAAAAAAAAAAAACCCUCGAAAUUUCUCGUUCUUUCUCGGUCGAUCCUCAAUAGUAAUCCAAUCAUGUUGACAGUGAGUGUGAAAUGGCAAAAGGAACUCUUGAAGGCUGUGGAAAUUGAUACCAGUCAGCCUCCAUAUGUUUUCAAGUGCCAGUUGUACGAUCUGACUGGAGUACCUCCUGAAAGGCAGAAAAUUAUGGUUAAAGGUGGCUUGUUGAAGGAUGAUGCAGAUUGGUCAACAGUUGGUCUGAAGCAGGGUCAAAAGUUGAUGAUGAUGGGAACUGCUGAUGAGGUUGUUAAAGCCCCAGAAAAGGGCCCUGUUUUUAUGGAAGAUCUUCCGGAAGAAGAACAAGUGGUAUCUUUGGGUCAUAGUGCUGGUCUAUUUAAUCUGGGAAAUACCUGCUACAUGAAUUCUACAGUACAAUGCCUCCAUUCUGUUCCAGAGUUGAAGUCUUCUUUAGUAAAAUAUUCACAUUCAGGAAGAAACAAUGAUGUGGAUCAGACUUCUCAUAUGUUGACAAUUGCCACACGUGAUUUAUUUGGUGAACUUGAUAAAAGUGUCAAGCCAGUUGCACCUAUGCAAUUUUGGACGUUGUUGCGUAAAAAGUAUCCUCAAUUCGGCCAGUUGCAUAAUGGUGUCUUCAUGCAGCAGGAUGCUGAAGAGUGUUGGACACAACUUUUAUACACCCUCUCUCAGUCUCUUCGAUCAGCUGGUUCUAGUGAAAAUAUAGAUACUGUAAAGGACCUUUUUGGUAUUGACCUUGCAAGCAGGAUUCAUUGCCAAGAGAGUGGUGAAGAAACCUCUGAGACAGAAUCGGUUUAUUCACUUAAAUGCCACAUUUCGCAAGAAGUGAACCAUUUACAUGAAGGUCUAAAGCAUGCUUUGAAAUCAGAACUGGAAAAGGCUUCUCCUGCCCUCGGGCGCAGUGCAAUUUACUUGAAAGAGUCCCGAAUUAAUGGUUUACCAAGGUAUUUGACUAUUCAAUUCGUUCGUUUUUUCUGGAAGAGGGAGUCAAAUCAAAAGGCCAAGAUAUUGCGGAAAGUUGAUUAUCCACUGGAGUUGGAUGUUUAUGAUCUAUGUUCAGAUGAACUUCGCAAACAAUUGGAAGGUCCUCGUCAGAUCCUAAGGGAUGAGGAAGGUAAAAAGCUCGGUCUGAAAGCUAAUGGGAAAAGCUCCAGCUCAAAAGAUGAUGAUGUCAAGAUGAUCGAUGGAGAGGGGUCAUCCAAUGCAAGUGGAGAAUCAACUGUGACAACAUCUCAAGAAGGGGUUCCCUCUGACAAGGAAACACGUUUAACCGGGAUUUAUGAUUUGGUUGCCGUGCUGACCCACAAGGGUCGAAGUGCCGAUUCAGGGCAUUAUGUUGCGUGGGUCAAGCAAGAAAGCGGGAAAUGGAUCGAGUUUGACGAUGAUAACCCUAUCCCGCAGCGAGAGGAAGACAUUGUUAAACUUUCCGGAGGAGGUGAUUGGCACAUGGCAUACAUCUGCAUGUACAAGGCACGCACUGUUUCAAUGUAAUCUUUGUUUUUAUUAUGAACUGUACUUUCGGUUUUUUUUUUUCCCUUUUUUUUUUAUUUGCUUCGAACAUGAGAAAUUGUGAAAUGGCCAAAUAGAUAUUUACUAAAUUGUGUUGUACUUUUACUUUUUUGUUAAUUACAUUCAGUUUGAUUGAAUGUUUAAAAUAAA